GCAGCACCGUAACCUGCAUUACUAGCCUCUAUUGCAAUGCGGUGGCGCUCCGCAGAUCUUCCCCGGUAUAGUGCGUGUUGGCUGUUUGGGGAUAAAGCACAGCGCUAUUCGGUCAUGUGAUUCCUGCCUUUUUUUCCCCCUCCUUCGAAGUUGAAAGGCAGGAGCAGAGCAGUGGAGGGGGCCCAGCUCAGCUCAGCUCAGCUCGUCUUUCCUGCUUGUCGUGGAUGCAGCGUUUUCUCCUCCUUCUUCCACCACAGUAAUAUUUGUUUUUCGCUCGUUUUUUUUUGUUGUGAAACAUUUAUUUCACAAUGGCGGGAGCUAUAAUCGAGAACAUGAGCACCAAAAAGUUGGUGAUACUGGGAGUUACUCUGCUUUUGUUUCAGGCGCUCGCCUUCAUGGUCGGCGGGUUAAUUGCUCCCAGUCCCACCAGUGCGGUGGAAUACCUGGCAACGAAGUGUGUGGACAAAAUCAAAUACCCACAGGAGACCAAGUGGUUCAUGCCGUGGGGUGUUGACCAGUGUGAGAAGAUCAAGACGUUUGACGAGGCCAUGGCUAAGAGGAUCGAAGCUAACAACAUCGUGUUUGCCGCGCACAUUCCCAUGCCCAAGAACGAGAUGAGCCCCUGGUUCCAGUUCAUGCUGGUCAUCCUGCAGUUUGACAUCGCUUUCAAGAUGUACAACCAGAUCGAGGAAGGAGCAGUAGUCACCAUCGAUGUUGGCCUGGCCUACAGAGACGAUUUGUUCAGCGAGUGGACGGAGAUGGCUCACUCGUUUGAACACAGGAACCUGAACUGCAACUUCACAGCUGAAAAGACCAUUGAGAACGAGGGCCGUUACUACGUAUGCGACCCCCUGCCGUUCAUGGAGGUGGGCAGCGUGGCUCACAAAUAUUACCUCAUCAACAUCCGCCUGCCGGUCAACGAGCGCAAGAAGGUCAACAUUGGGAUCGGGGAGAUCAGAGACAUUCGUCUCGUGAGCAUCCAUCAGAAUGGAGGCUUUACUCAGGUUUGGUUCGCCAUGAAGACCUUCCUCACACCCAGCAUCCUCAUCAUCAUGAUCUGGUACUGGAGGCGGAUCACCCUCAUGACCAGACCACCCGUUCUCCUGGAAAAGGUGAUCUUUGCUCUGGGCAUCUCCAUGACGUUCAUUAACAUCCCAGUGGAGUGGUUCUCUGUGGGCUUCAACUGGACCUGGAUGCUUCUCUUCGGAGACAUCCGACAGGGAAUCUUCUACUCCAUGCUGCUGUCCUUCUGGAUCAUCUUCUGUGGUGAACAUCUCAUGGACCAGAUGGAGAGAAACCGUUUCUCAGUCUACUGGAAGCAAGUCGGGCCGAUUGUGUUUGGUUCCUUCUGCCUGUUUAUCUUUGACAUGUGUGAGAGAGGUGUCCAGCUAACAAAUCCCUUCUACAGCAUUUGGGCCUCAGACGUAGGGACGGAGCUGGCUAUGUCCUUCAUAAUAGUGGCAGGAAUCUGUGCCUGUCUCUACUUCCUGUUCCUCUGCUUCAUGGUGUUUCAAGUCUUCCGUAACAUCAGUGGUAAAAGGACUUCACUGCCUGCCAUGUCCAAGGCCAGACGCCUGCAUUAUGAGGUGUGUUUGGUUUGGUCUGAUCUGCAUGUUUUAGUUCUCUCAGCCUGUCUGUAG